AGUUCUUGGACAGAGUUUGCCUCACAGUCACCUGUUGCACGCGUACUAGACUAAACCAACUUCGCUUUUUUGAUAAAAAUGGCUGACCAAAAAACAAAUAAUGGACUGGCCAUUUCCAUCGCACAGCAAUGCACCGAUUUCAGACACGAGAAUCAGAUGAAGUUGUGCACAUUACCAUUGGAAAAUACCUCCAACUUUUCAGAGGCAUCCAACAUAGUCAAGCGAUACUCUUUUGGCAAACCCAACCAAUUGAAAUGUAAUACGAGCAAAACGAUUUUGGUGAUGGGAGCCACGGGGUCGGGAAAAACGACGUGGAUCAACGCCAUGGUCAAUUAUGUCCUGGGAGUCCAAUGGGACAAUCCUUUCCGCUUUAUUCUCGUCGAAGAAAAUCUCAGAGGAGGCUCACAAGCCAACAGCCAGACUCAAGAAGUCACAGCCUACGACCUCCAUUACCAAGAUGGAUUCCGCAUUCCAUUUUCGCUGACGAUCGUCGACACGCCGGGAUUCGGAGACACCGGCGGAAUUGCGCGAGACAAGGAAAUUACUACGGCCAUCGAAAAACUCUUCAGAGACGAAAACGGCAUUGUGGAAUUGAACGCGGUUGGAUUCGUGGUCCAAUCCGCACUCGUCCGUUUAACCGUUUCUCAAAAAUACAUUUUCAAUUCGGUUUUGGGAAUUUUUGGCAAGGACGUCAAAGAAAAUAUCCGAUUCCUCGUCACCUUUUGCGAUGGAAGAAAACCGCCAGUCUUGGAGGCCAUCAAAGAAGCCGAGCUUCCUUGUCGGAUCGACACGAAGGGGCUGCCAUGCCACCAGAAAUUCAACAACGGCGCCAUUUAUGUGGAUAACCAAGAUGAAGAGGACAGGAUGUCACCCAUCGAAUGGAAAGACGGAUUGACGAAUUUCAAGUCGUUUUUCGUCGGCUUGUCAGAAAUGUCGAUUUCAUCGCUGCAAAUGACCAAAGAAGUCUUGGCAAAUAGACACCAAUUGGAAAUGAAACUCAAGUGGAUGCAGGGCGUCAUCCCGCAACAUUUGACACAAAUGGAGGAGUUGCAGAAGAAAGAAGAAAUCGUCAGGAUGCAAAACGUGGCAAUCGACGCCAAUCAAAACUUUGAGAUUAAAGUGAAAGUCGCCAAGAACGUCAAAGACCCAAUCAAUUUGUACGCGCUGAGCUGCAAAAGUUGCGAGAGGACUUGCCAGGACCACUGCAACGCCAGUACUGAAAUCGCUCAUUGUGAAGCCUUCUGUGCAAUUACGGAACAGUGCGCUGCCUUUCCGUUUUGGGGUUGGUUCGCGCUUGCUGCUCAACAUCUGGUAAAUGCGACCACCGAUCCGUUAUGCAAAAUCUGCAAGUGCGUGAGCUCAAAGCACGAAAAAGGACAAUUCCGCUGGAUCUGCAAAGACGUGGAGGAGACUCAGACGCUGGAGGAGAUGCGGAAAAAAUACGAAAAGGCCAAAGGAAAGAAGAUGGACGCCGAAGGGCUGGUGACAGCCCUAAAAAACGAUGUCGAGAUCCAGAAAAAGAACAUCGUUGAAAGCAUUGACAUAAUCAAAGAAAUUAACAAUUGUCUGAAAAGGAACGCGCUGCGCGGCAAUCCCCUCACGACUCCCGAGUACAUCAGGAUGAUGAUCGAUAAUGAGAAGAACGAACGUAAAGACGGUUUUGCAAUUAGAAUCAAGAGCUUGGAGGAACUGUUACCGCUGGCCAAGAUGACCAAAGACAUAGUGGAAAAUGCAACCGAAUUUCUUAAGGAUAAGUUGAGAGUCUGA